AGUCUAGAGCGAUCCCGAAUCAUCUUCUCCCGAAUGAGAUGAAAGGGCUGUUGGAAGCAUGUAAACAACACCCUGCCGGGCCGCGCGGUGCUUGCUGCUUCUCCCUCAUCAGGUGACAGCAUUGCACCGUGAUUUCUCAGUUAUCUCCCACAACAUCUGAUAAAACAAAGUUUUCCUGCUCAUUUCAAACUGACUAGUCUGCUAUGAACAGAAAAGAAAUAUUGAAGUUGUAGAAGCAAGGAAGAGUUGAACGGAGUUAGUAUGGCAAGGCUGAUUAGAAUCUUCCAGACCCUGAGAAGGCACAAGAAGAAAACGGUGUUCUUCUCUGCCGUGCUUGGUGGUGGUCUGAACUAUGCUCAUGAGAAAUACAAGGAGAACAACAUGAUGCGAGAGCUGUGUCAGGAAGCCAUGAGCUAUGGGGAGAUGUCUCGGCCCCUUGGGGAGCCUGACCGGCACAUUACAGUGCUCCUGAAUCCUGCUGCACAGGAUGGGAAGAGCAAGGCUGUGUUUGACAAGUACUGUGCUCCAUUGCUCCACCUGGCUGGCCUGAAGGUCGCAGUGGUGCGGACAGAGCAUGAGGGCCAGGCGAGGGACCUAAUGGCCAUCAUGGAGAAGACCAGUGGUGUGGUGGUGGCUGGUGGGGAUGGCACCCUGGCUGAGGUACUGACGGGCCUCCUUCGCCGUCCUGAUCACAUAGAGGCAUCACGCAAGUUCCCCAUUGGUAUACUGCCCCUGGGAAGCACCAACACUGCAGCCUCUGCCAUCUGGGGCUUCACAGGAGCAUCAAAGCCAAUACACCUUGCAGAAGCCACCAUGGCUGUUGUGAGGGAUUUGCGGAGACCCCUUGAUGUUAUGGAAAUUACUCCACAGAAGGCAACAGGACAGGAAGAGACACCACAGCCUGUGUUUGCUGCCUCUGAGGUGGUAUGGGGAGCCCUAAGGGAUGCUGCUAUUCGGAAGGACCGCUACUGGUACUGGCCUGGCAUCAAGAAAUACAUGACCUAUGUCUUCUCCUCCUACAAGGACCUUUCCUGGGAUUGUUCAGCUGAGGUGGAGUACAGCUUGCCUUGUUCAGGCUGUUCCAAGUGCUAUGCCCAGAGCCAGCCAGAGGUUAAGACAGCAGACCCCAGUACACAGGAACCAAAAAGACGAUGGUGGAUGAAUUAUCUUCCUCGAACGAAACCAAUUAAAAAAAAGGAGAGUGAUGAACCAGACUACAGCCUCAUCACUAAUGAAUCAUGUGGGGAGCAGCAUCAUCUCUCACUUGGUAGGGCGUCUGAAGUGGUGGUGGCAACAUGCAACACACCGCAGUCUUCCAACACGCCUCCUUAUGCUCUUUCUUUAAGAACAGGUGUGGAGGACAUUGGUGCUAUGGAUUUCAUCAGUGAAGGGUGGAAGAGGGAAUGGAGUGGAGUGAGGAAUUACGUAGAGGAGAGGCUGGUUGGACAGGUCUCUAUCACUCCCACAGCCUCCACCACCAAUGAGCAGGGUGAAGAGAGGGAAUUGAGCAUUGACAGUGAAAACUUUGAGGUUCGCCCUAUGACACUACGACCCCGCCCCAAGGCAGUGACCAUCUUUGCCCCACCUUGCCUUCCACUGGUCCAGGCUGCCUCUUAGCUAAGACAGUAUUUGCUUAUCUAUCUGUUGAGGCCUUGUGUGUAAUCUCAGAAUAAUGUAAAUGUGUAUAUGUGUCACUACCCAAACUUUGAUAGUUUUCUCUCAGAAAAAUUUGUUCUUAUGCAGGUUGUAUGGGCUUAAGUUAAGAGUAUGCAAAUUCAUUUAUACAAUAUUUGACAAAACAAGAUUUGGUAGUGAUUCUCCAUAUAUGUAUGUCUUUUAUCAAUUUACACAUCUAUUUGUACAUAUUAUGUAAAUACAAUAUUUGGUGGCAUGUAAGGUGCAUCCACACAUGAAAUACACCCAUAUUUGACAAGGAUAUAUUGAGGAAAAACACUUUCAUGAAAUCUUAUCAUUGAUUUACUUAAAAGAGAUAUUGCCAGAAGAAAUACAUGUGAAUAUAGAUGUAAUAAUUAUAUGAAAAUCAGUUACAACCUUA